GCGGGCCGGGGGCUGCGCGGCGCGGCCGCCGUGAAUGUGCAGGCGGCGGAGCGCGGUUAGGCGUUCGCGGCGCUCGCAGCGGUGUAUUGUGGGAUCCCGGCCGCCGCCAGCAGCGAGCACACACAAUAUGUGGUGGCUCGCGAAAACGGGAGGCAGGAGCCUGGCGGGCAGCCCGCGCCGGUAACCGGCCCCAUGUGAGACGGGAGCUCGCCUUUCGCUGCCCGGAGACGAUCGGCCGCCCAGCGCGAUGUCUUUCCGAGAGACCAAGGCGGGGGAAAAAGCCAAGCACCCUGAAGAUCAUGGCAAAAAGCAGAGUUCAAGUUGGAUCAACGGAAUGGAGAAUAGCACGCAAGCCAGCACUUCUGUCGAGAAAAGAAAUCACCAUUGGAGAAGUUACAAGUUGAUUAUUGACCCGGCUCUGAAAAAAGGACAGCACAAACUCUACCGUUACGAUGGGCAACAUUUCAGCAUGCCUAACUCGGGGAUCGCUCCUGUGGAUUGUGUCAGGGAUCCCAGAAUAGGGCGAAUAUGGACCAAAACUAAGGAGCUGGAGCUGUCUGUCCCCAAAUUCAAGAUUGAUGAAUUUUACGUGGGGCCAGUGCCUCCCAAGCAGGUCACUUUUGCCAAGCUGAAUGACAACAUCCGUGAAAACUUUUUGGCCGACAUGUGCAAGAAGUACGGCGAAGUGGAAGAGGUGGAAAUUCUCUACAACCCCAAGAACAAGAAGCACCUGGGCAUUGCCAAAGUCAUCUUUGCCACUGUCAAGGGUGCCCGGGAGGCUGUGCAGCACCUUCACAACACCUCUGUCAUGGGCAACAUCAUCCACGUGGAGCUGGAUACAAAAGGUGAAACCCGCAUGAGAUUCUAUGAACUGCUGGUUAAUGGUCUUUACACUCCUCAGACCCUCCCUGUAGGCACUGAACAGGAUGUGUCCCCAACUGGGAAUGAAGCUCUCCAGUUGACGGACUCCCUGAAGCGCUUGAAGGACAGUUCCCUUUCUUCCGCUGGAUCCUCCGUUACCCCAAACAGCAGCACGCCCUUUUCCCACGACACAGCCUAUUCCAGCUGUCGGCAAGACACCCCAAACUCCUACAGCCAAUUCACCCCCCAGUCCCAAGGAACACCCCACACCCCACGCCUGGGGACACCGUUCUCCCAGGAUUCCACCUACUCCAGCCGACAGACAACGCCUGUGUACCAUUUUGGGCAGGACAGUGGGUACAAACCCAGGAGGCACGAGACGAAAUUUACGGAUGCGUACAACCGUCGUCCGGGACACCACUACCUGCACAACUCGGCGGGGGUGUUCCGAGGCACAGAGCAUCAGUUUAGCACAUUCAAAUCCCAUCAGCAGGAGCCAGUUCAGUUCUCUCACACUCCUCCCCUGAGCCACUCUAGUUCUUCGAGCUAUAAAUCUGCCUUCUCCCCCUACCAAGCACCAGCUGUGUUUCCCCAGUCUGAUGAGCAGCCGUUUCCCCAAACUUCCAGGGAGACAGAGUACCGGAGACCUGCGCCGCCUCCCACCGAGAUGGUUGUGGAAAGCAGCGCUGCCCCGAGCAUCGAUUUUGUCCCAGUGAAGGAGAAACCAGAGGAGCCUCCGCCCUUGCCCGACUCAAACUCUGUUCCUGAACCGAGCACAGCAUCCUUCUCUCAGACUCCAGAGAGGAGUGAGACCCCUGGCACCCCCACCAUGGAGUCUGAGAUGCAGCAUAACAGUUUAGACUCAAGGAUUGAGAUGCUCUUAAAAGAGCAGAGAACAAAAUUACCUUUUCUUAACGAGCAUGACUCAGAUAAUGAGAUCCGAAUGGAAGGUAGCCCUAUUUCCUCCUCUUCUUCCCAGCUCUCCCCCAUCCCAACAUACGGUUCGAACUCUCAGCCUGGUUUCAGGGGUCAGACGCCUUCCUCACGCCCUUCCAGCACAGGCUUGGAGGACAUCAGCCCCACACCCUUACCUGACUCUGAUGAUGACGAGCCCAUCCCUGGGACAGCUUCUCUGAGUCAGAAUUCCCGGGGGACAUCGGAGGCCAGCAUGACUCCCAUUGAUCAGCUGAGCAGGACCUCCAAAAUUGAGACCCUGGAGGCUAAAGAAAUGGUACCUGGUGACCAGACUCCAACAUCAGAAAAAAUGGACGAGGGUCAGCAUUCCUCAGGGGAGGACAUGGAAAUCUCCGACGACGAGACCAACCCUGCGCCCAUCACCAGCGCGGAAUGUGCCAAAACCAUUGUGGUGAACUCCUCCGUCAGCAACACGGCCGUGCUGGCCCCGUCCAUCCCCCCUCUGCCACCACCGGGAUUCCCUCCUCUUCCUCCUCCACCGCCCCCGCAGCCCGGCUUCCCCAUGCCCCCUCCGCUGCCUCCGCCGCCGCCGCCCACGCACCCGGCCGUCACCGUGCCCCCGCCGCCGCUGCCCGCCCCGCCCGGGGUCCCUCCGCCUCACAUCCUGCCCCCGCUGCCCCCCUUCCAUCCCGGCAUGUUCCCGGUCAUGCAGGUGGAUAUGAUCAGUGUCUUGGGCAACCAGUGGGGUGGCAUGCCCAUGUCCUUCCAGAUGCAAACUCAGAUGCUGAGCCGCAUGAUGCAGGCGCAGAACACGUACCAGUACCCGCCUUUCAUGACGGGCCGGAUGCAGUUUGUGAAUCUUCCUCCCUACCGCCCGUUCUCGAUGGGAGCCGCUCUCGCCCGCGGGCAGCAGUGGCCGCCGCUGCCCAAGUUUGACCCCUCGGUUCCACCCCCGGGUUAUGAGCCGAAGAAGGAAGAUCCCCACAAAGCCACUGUGGAUGGAGUCCUCCUGGUCAUAGUGAAGGAACUAAAGGCCAUCAUGAAAAGGGACCUGAACCGCAAGAUGGUUGAAGUGGUGGCGUUCCGGGCGUUUGAUGACUGGUGGGACAAGAAGGAACGUCUUGCAAAAGCGUCUCUCACUCCAGUGAAGUCUGGAGGAGAACUGGAGGAAAAACCAAAGCCAAAGGAUCGAAUUGCCUCUUGUCUUCUGGAGAACUGGAACAAAGGAGAAGGGCUGGGAUAUGAGGCAAUCGGCUUGGGCAUUGGGUUACGAGGGGCCAUCCGGCUGCCAUCCUUCAAGGUGAAAAGAAAGGAGCCACCUGAAGCUGCCUCAGCGGGAGAUCAGAAGAGAAUCCGGCCUUCUACUUCUGUGGAUGAUGAAGAUGAAGAGUCUGAGAGGGACAGGGAUGCUUCUGAUACAACAUCUGAGCUGUCAAAGAAGGAUGCAGAGGCAGUGGGGCUGCGACGGCGACCAGCAAGGCCAUUGGAGCUUGACAGCGAGGGAGAAGAAGGAGAUGAGACAUCAGGGAAAGAGGAAGAGUCCUCCUCAGAGAAGGAAGAGGAGCAGGAAGAAGAAGGAGGCUUGGUGAAAGCAGCACCUGGCAAGGAGGAAGAGGAGGAUGAGGAGGAUGAAGAUGAUGAGGAUGAAGAUGAUGAUGAAGACGAGGAUGAAGAUGAUGAGGAGGAGACAGGCAUAGAUACAAGUGACAAGGAGGAGGAGCAGGACUCCGAGGAGGAUGUAGCAAGUCCCUCGUCUUCCAAGGCUGAAGUUGAAUCAUCUGAUGAAAGUGAGGACUCCUCUGAAUUUGAGUCAAGUUCAGACUCGGAUGAUGAAGAUGAGGAGGACGAUGAUGACGAUGAAGAUGAGGAGGAGGAAGAGGAGGAAGAGGUGGCUGAAGAUCAAAGCAGAGAAGCCAUGGUUGCUGAGCCAGAGCAUGAACCUGCUGGUCUUGAGCUUCCUGAUGAUGAGAGGGAGACUAUUUUGGACCUGUAUCCUGUGGAUGACUACAUGGAUGCAACAGGCUUGGGACUUGCCGAGCCAGCUUUGGCUGUGAAAGAUGAAGGCAGUGAAGAAAUCAAGGCAGGGGAAAGUGAGUGCAGCCAAGUCCCAGGGGCUUCUAUUGCUGCUGAAACUCUGAAACACUUGGUUAUGGAAAGAGACCAGGAGACAAAACUUGCACUCUCUCCCAUCUGUAGGCCAGAGGAAGAGUCCGAACCCACUUCCAUGCUGGAGCCAGAGGUACAGGAAGGUCCAAAGCCUGAAUCUCAAGAUGAGGAAGCAGCUCUCUGUAUCUCUACUCCAGUGGCAGUCUUUGGAGAACCUCUGCCCAGCAAAAGCAGCUUCUUUGGCAAGUCUGAGGAGAGCAGCUUGGAAGCCCGAGCUAAAGCAAAGCCGCCGUCGGCAGCGGAGGAGGACGAGCGGCUGCCCCGCACGCCUGGACGGGAGGUGAUGAUCCACUCAGAGACUGAGACUCUCCUGCUUCCAGCCCACAAGGUGCCAUCCUCCAUGCUUCCCUUGCCAUCGACUCCUGGCAAGGAAGAAUCUUUAGUCCCUCCAGAAAAGUUCCCUGAACAAUUACUGGUGACCAAAACGUCCGUGGAAGAGGAGAUUCCCAGGACUCCCGGGCGGGACAUUUUGGCCAAGUCUUCACACCCCCUCUCGAAGUCGCAGAGCACGGACACUGUUCCAGCCACGCCAGGAAGUGAUGCUCCCCUUACAGGAAGCAGCUUGACCCUCAGUUCCCCUCAAGUCCCAGGGAGCCCCUUUUCCUACCCAUCCCAAUCUCCUGGCAUUAACAGUGGCAUUCCUCGGACUCCUGGGAGAGAUUUCAAUUUCACGCCUACUUUCCCAGAAGCUGGUGCUACCAUUCCUUGCCUUCUGCCUGGCAAGAAACAGUCAGAGGAUGAGCUAGAAGAGAAACCCUUUAAAGAGCCUCUUGGUGCUUCCCUUACGAUCAGCAUGAACAGUGUUCCUUCCCCUAUCCCCUUUGCCAGCCCCCCACAAGCAGAUUUCCACAUGGACAUGGGUUUGCCGCCUGAUGAGCCAAUACCUGUAGCAGCCCUGCCAUGCAUGCAUGGAGAUGGAAGAAUGCCCAUCGAGGAAUGCAAGGCAGAAGUAAAACCCGGUUUGCUCUCCCCAGAAGUACCCCCUGGGGCUUCUAUUCUUCCUCCCCCUCCACCACCUUCUGUUCUUCCCAAAAGGAGGCCGGGUCGGCCGAGGCGGUCCCCACCUUCUGUCCUCUCGCUGGAUGUGUACUCGGGCAAAACCAUAGAGCCUCCUCCCAUGCCAGUGGCCUUGGUGGAAGGUCCUGUGGGCAAAGAGCUGUUGAGUGGACAUCCUGAUGCCUACUAUGGACUGAAAGACCCUGAAGCCGUCACCCUGGACUUCAGGAAUGACGGUUUCCACGAGAAAAUAGCAGCUGAGACAGUUGCAGAGAAACUGCCAUUCAAGGAGCUGGAGAACCAGUGGAACGAAGACUUCAAGGAAGAAGAAGCUCACGCAAAACCUAAGAGACAGUGGCGAAGGCAGAAGAAGACAUCAGAGGAGCUGCCCAUGAUCCCUUCCCCCGAGUAUUCCCCACCCCAGCCGCAGUUCAGGCCGCGCUCCGAGUUUGAGGAGAUGACCAUUUUGUAUGACAUCUGGAACGGAGGCAUCGAUGAGGAGGAUAUCAAAUUCAUGUGUAUCACAUACGACCGCUUGUUACAGCAGGACAACGGUAUGGACUGGCUCAAUGACACCCUGUGGGUUUUCCAUCCUUCUACCAGCUUUUCUACCCCCAAGAAGAAGAAGAGGGAUGACGGGAUGCGGGAGCAUGUGACGGGCUGUGCACGAAGCGAAGGCUAUUACAAAAUUGAUAAGAAGGACAAACUCAAAUACCUCAACAAUAGCCGAGCUUUUGCAGAGGAGCCUCCAGCUGACACACAGGGUAUGAGCAUCCCUGCCCAACCUCACGCUUCCACCCGGGCUGGUUCCGAGAGGCGAUCAGAGCAGCGCAGGCUCCUCUCCUCCUUCACUGGUAGCUGCGACAGUGACCUGCUCAAGUUCAACCAGCUCAAGUUCCGGAAGAAAAAACUAAAAUUCUGCAAGAGCCACAUUCACGAUUGGGGCCUUUUUGCUAUGGAGCCCAUUGCAGCUGAUGAGAUGGUGAUCGAGUACGUGGGUCAGAACAUCAGGCAGGUCAUUGCUGACAUGCGAGAGAAGCGAUACGAGGAUGAGGGCAUUGGCAGCAGUUACAUGUUCAGAGUCGACCACGACACCAUCAUCGAUGCCACCAAAUGCGGGAACUUCGCCAGGUUUAUCAAUCACAGCUGCAAUCCAAAUUGUUAUGCUAAAGUCAUCACGGUGGAGUCUCAAAAGAAGAUCGUUAUCUACUCCAAGCAGCACAUCAAUGUGAACGAGGAAAUUACCUACGACUACAAGUUUCCAAUUGAGGAUGUAAAAAUCCCGUGUCUCUGUGGCUCUGAGAACUGCAGGGGAACCCUGAACUGAACUCAAGGUUUCUCUCAUCACACUUGCACCUUCGGCCAUGUCAGAACUGUGGUAACCAGGUGUGGUUGCACUUUGCCAAAAAAAGAGGAAAAAAAAAAACAACAGAAAAAAGGAAGAAAAAAAAAUUUAAAAGCAAAAAAAUACUUACCAAAAAAAAAAAAGAGGAAAAAGAGAAGAAAACCAAGCAAGUUUCGCACUUCUGCCAGGAUCAUGAGUGAAAACAAAAAGCGCACACGCUUACGAGGACUGUUCAUCUUUCAGGUGCUUUUUCCUUUUCAGAUCCAACACGCACACAAAAAGGUGGCUACCUUUUGUGGCAUGGUCUAUCCAAACACUAGCUUCUCUGUUCAGUCCCUGCAGUAAUGCUCCAUAAUGGGAUAAUGGUACCUUUUUUUUUUUAAUUGUUCUUAUAAACCUUCAUCUUUUCAUAAAUGCUGCUACCUUUUUCUCAUCAGUUUUCGUUGGUUGAAAAAGACAUUCAACGUUUAAAUGUGAAGCAGAGACUGAAAAUGCCAUAUAGGGUUUGUUGGGAGCUUGAUUGGCUGAAAUUGCACAGUUUUCUCAGAGUAAGCUGUAAAUAAAUGUAAGGUUGAUGUUACAGAGCAAGCCAGAGGCUUGAGGGUGUGUGAAUGAGUGUGUGUGUGUGUGUGUGCUUGGGGGUGUGUGUGUGUGUGCAGGUGUGUCCACAGUGAGACUAGAGCUGAACUGUCCUGCCUUUUCGUUAGGGAUGAGCCUGAACAGGGCCCCUCAGCCAGACCCCAGGGCAGAGCCAGGUCAGCCAGACCUCAGCUCCCUUCCUUGGGCUCCCCUCUCAUUUUCUAUGCCAUGCUGGUCCAUGGGGGAUCAAAACCUCUGCAGCUGCACGUGAGAAAUCCUUGGAUACUGAGUCACUAGGAAGAAGUGGAGCCAGCUGUGCAGCUGUGGCAUCGUGUGGCCUUUGGGGAUGCCCAUUCCUUGGAGAUGGUCUUGUCUUGCUUGCAGAAGAGGCUGAGAUUAAGUGGACAGCUCAGCCCCUGCUUGUGCUGUAGAAAUCCUGCCCUGCCUGCAAGCAAAGACUAUGGGCCACGUUUGUAGCAGGAUUUUCUUCCUGUGGAUGGGAAACAGGCUGAUGUGUGACUUGUAUUCAUUUUUUCUCACUUUCAUCUGCAUUUCCCUGCCCUUCCAAUGUUUUAUAUGGAGUAUUUGCUCUGUCCUUGGAUGUGGGAGAUGCCUCCUGUGAUAGGAGCAAGCUGUGUCCUGCCACUCUCCUCCCUCUGUUACUCAGUAACUUGGCCUGGGGCGGUCCCAUCCCUCCAGAAAAUCAUGGUAAAAGUGUCCCCCAGAGCAAUCCUGUCCCCCCCAUCUAUACCAUGAAAAUGAAUGCUUCUCUAAAUUUGGUAGGCAUGUUUUAAAAUUAUUUCUCAAUAUGUUUUGUCCUUGUAGAUGUGCUGAGGUGAAGGUUGCAGUUCUUCAAGAGGUUCCAUUUAAAAAUGGGACCAAACACCAAAAAAAUAGUUCUUUGGAUGAGAUCUGGAAAUGUUACACCACCGUUCAGGUAUAGACAGGACCAGUUUUUCAAUUUGCAUUGAAUUUCUCCUGCUUUAAAAGUAGAGAAUAGUCAUACUAAACUCUUUUUAAUUGGCUUGUAAGGGGAAGUUGCAAUGUCAUUACGAAAUGGGAAGAUUAUCUGCAUAACUAAACACCUUCUCCCCACAGAACAAAUUGCACAGCUGUAUUCUUGUAUUCUUUCCAAACCUCCAUGAGCAGAGGUGACAACCUUGCAAAAGAGGUUCUUGGAAGUUUUUUCAGCUGUUCCAUGGAAAUUGCCAGGCCUGCAGUGCAGCAUGGAGCUUGUAAUGUAGGUUCUGUAAUGUACCUCUGCCUCCACAUUUCUUCUCCAGGCAAAAGGCCUGAGGGAGCAGGAACACACAGACUGCUACAAGCUGCCUUAACACCACCUGUGUUUCUGUCUGAGGGUGAGCAAAUUGUCUCUGAGAUUGGACAAUCCAUAGUCCAUCUCUGCUUUUGUUUUGGUUUAGUUUUAUUGUUUCCCCCCUUCAUCAUAAAUCUAUCCAGCAAUUGGGUGUUGGUGACCCAGAACCUAAAAUUGUGAGAAGCACAAGUUUCUGUCACUGAAUGUUGGUUGGAACUGCAGUGAUGGCAUUUAGGAGUUAAACUGCUGCUCAGUUUAGUUAUUAUUUUCUGAAUGAGACUCAAUGUGUUGGCAUCUCCACAGCUUGGCCUUUGACUUUUGAGGCUUUGGAAAUGCGUGGAAGUUUCCUGGGUGUCAGAACUGAGGCCCCUGUCCUUGGCCUUCUCCCUCUCUGCUCCAUCAAAGCAGUGCAUUAACAGUGGAUUUGUGGGGCUGAGGACACCCCAGACAGCCCAGCCCUGCUGGCAGUUCUGUCUCCCAGCAGAUCUGUGUGCUCUGGAUGGGAUCAGCCCCUGCAGUUUGCCUUAAUCCUUGGUGAGGAAGGUGGGGAGGAAGGUCACUGUUACCUUCACGUCCUUCCCCGUGUGUUUUUUAGGAGCACCAAAAGGAUUUGGGUGCCAAAGACCAUGAGCACCUAAAUCACUUGGGUACUUCCAAAGCUGCCUGUAAUUUAUCCCCUUUUAGGAUCCCAGACAAAUAAUGUGAGUUUUUAGAAGAGCUGAUCUCUCAGUAGUUUCCCAGGAAGAAACAGAGCUGUUGAGAAGCCACAGCACUUCUGAAAAAUCAUGUUAUUCUGGUCUCAAAGCUAAACCUGAGGCUUCUCUCCUUUUCCCCAUAAAUCUUGGCUUGCAGAGUCCUACCUGGGAGAUAUUUUGUCUUGGACUGGGAAGCUGCCUGACCUCCAAACAAAUCAUUUUAUGGUGAGGACUCUCAAGUCUGGUGCAGUGAUUUCUGUGGGUGCCCUGGGGUCUUGUUGGGCCAGGGGAGCCCUGCAGCCACAGAUGUGCUUUGGAGAUGCCUCAAAUCCUUUGCCUUGUACUUGGCAAGGGAUGGGAUGAGAGGAGGGCAGGAGCUGUGUGGUUCACAUUCAGCACAAGUUCCCUGGGACCCCAUGGGAACAGUGACAGGGAUAAAGAGGAACCUCACCAGCACAUGCUGCUAACAGGCACUGCAGUGCUUUUGUCCACUGAAAAGCCCAUCCCCAAAUUUAUUGUCACUUCAAUUUGAGCCUCAGACAGAAAAAGAAAGAGACAUUUACAGUGCUCCCUGCAAAAUUCCAUCUUGCUGAGAGGAAUGACCCAAGAGAACAGAGCAAAAUUACGGAGAUAGAAUUGAAGGCUUUGGUUUGCAGCUGUGGGAGGUGAGGGUGCAGGUGCCUCCGUGCUGCCAUCCACAGGACCCGUGUGGCUCACACCUCUCUGCAGUCCCAGGCUGGUCCCACAGUGGUCUGAGACUCUGGGGGGGUCCAGGAGGGGAUGGGGGCUCAUCCUGCAGUUAUUUAUAUUGUAUAGAGCAGCUUAUUUCUACAAGGAAAGAAAAAAAACCAUCAUUUUUAAACUCCAUUACACAGUAGUUUCAGUUCUGGUUUUUGUGACCUUUUUCAGGGAUCAUUUCAGUGCAUUUCUGUACAAAAUAAAAAUUUAAGGAAAAAAAAGGAUUUUGAAGUAUAAAAAAAUGCAUCUUCUGUACAUAGGCGAACUCAAGAAUCUUCUCUUCAAACACUGUUUCUUGUAGAAACAUGUUGAAAUUUUUUUGCUGAUUUCUUUGUACUUCAAGAGCAUGUAAAUAGUUUAUUAAAAGUGACUAUUGUAAUUUGGAGUUCUUUUUAAACAGAUUCCAGCUCUAAAUCAUGUCAAGAUGGGGAGGAAGAAGGACUGAGUAUAGCAAAGGAGCUGGUGGCAUUUACAGCUUGUGUCAAGCUUUGUAUAAUGUAAAUUCUGUAUAAAUAUGGGGUUUUUUUUUGUCAAAUAAAUAGGUGAAAUUAGAAGCAUUAAGAAACUGAAGACAAAAAAUUGCCAAGUCAAGGCUUCUUCUUUCCCCCCCUCCCUCAGUCUGAAACCUAAUGUGCAAAAUCUAUUUAUUUCAAGCGAGGAAAUGUGUACAGUCUAAUAGACACCCUAAAAUGUAUUUAAGCAAAUUUGCAACUGGAUUUUUUCAGUUUAAUAUUUGUUUUGUUUUUAUGAGUUUCCUCCUUAAUUGCCACUGUAGGAUUUGUCCAAGUGAAAAGAAACACAUCAAGAAGGACACUCUAAAACAAUGGGGCAGUUUCGAAGCAAAGUGGAAGAACACCCAGCUCCCAAUUCUUGCAGUUUUCUGGUUUUAAUUCCCAUCAUGGAAAUCAAGGGCCUCCUUUAAAAGUAGGCAGGUCAAAUGGUUUGCAAUAAAUUAAAAAAUAUUAUUAUUUUUUUUCCUAAGUUCCUUUUAAAAAAAACAACAACUCUGCUUUGAAGAUUUAGGAUUUCUGCUUUUUCUUUUGUUAAGCAAAUUUAUAAAUUUAGGGAUGUUUUGUGCAUAUAGAAUCUGUCACCAGUAUGUAUCUUGUUUUGAAGAAAGUGUUUUUGUUGUGGAUGUGUCAUGCUGUAUAUAUUUGUUCAUAUUUUUGUGAAUUGAAUACUAUGUACCAUUGUAUUAUAGUAACUUUUAUAAAGCAAACCAUAAAUAUACUGACUUUUCUUACAGAAAAA